UGGCAGACGAGGCUGGGGAUCAGGGGAUGAGAAUAUAAAAGCAAAAGAAUAAAGGAGGAGAAGCGGAUGUCCUUUUCUUCAGUUAUACUGCGAAGCUUUCCAAACCCGUGACUUUUUACACCCCUCCCUCCCCCGACAAUAUUCUCCAGCACCCGCUUGCUCACGGUUCCCCGUCCCUAACCAUCAUGCCCUGCGACCUCAACCCGCCCCUCCUCGUCCUCACCUUCCUCUCCCUUCUCCCCUGCCUCCCCUCCACCACUCCUCCUUCCGCUGCCUCCCCGUUCCUCUCCUUCUCCCCCCCGGAGGGAGGCCUGACGCACCUGGUGGUCCACAACAAGACCGGGGAGGUCUACCUGGGCGCCGUCAACUGGAUCUACAAGCUGUCCAGCAACCUCACCAAGCUGCGGAGCCACGUGACGGGGCCCGUGACGGACAACCCUCGCUGCUACCCUCCGCCCGGCGUCCAGUCCUGCCCCCACGAGCUGGUGCAGACCUCAAACGUCAAUAAACUCCUGCUGCUCGACGCCGCCCACAACCGCUUGAUUGCAUGUGGGAGUACUUCCCAGGGAAUAUGCCAGUUCCUCCGUCUGGAUGAUUUAUUUAAGCUCGGCGAGCCGCACCACCGCAAAGAGCACUAUCUAUCCAGCGUGGCCGAGGCGGGCACCAUGUCCGGGGUGGUGAUCUCCCCGGAUAUCUUCGGCGGAGGCGGCAAACUGUUCGUCGGCACUCCCAUCGACGGGAAAUCCGAGUACUUCCCCACGCUGUCCAGUCGCAAGCUGAUGUCCAACGAGGAGAACGCCGACAUGUUCAGCUUCGUGUACCAGGACGAGUUCGUCUCUUCUCAGCUGAAGAUUCCCUCGGACACGCUCUCCAAGUUCCCGGCGUUCGACAUCUACUACAUCUACGGCUUCAACAGCGAGCAGUUCGUGUACUACCUGACCCUGCAGCUUGACACCCAGCUCACCUCGCCGGACGCCAACAGCGAACAGUUCUUCACCUCCAAGAUCGUCCGCCUGUGCGUCGACGAUCCCAAGUUCUACUCCUACGUGGAGUUCCCCAUCGGCUGCACCAAGGACGGAGUGGAGUACCGCCUGGUCCAGGAUGCUUACUUGACCCGCCCGGGAGCCCGCUUGGCACGUUCUCUGGGUAUUUCGGAGCGCGAGGAGGUUCUCUUCACCGUGUUCGCGCAGGGUCAGAAAAACAGGGCCAAGCCACCCAAGGAGUCCGCUUUGUGUCUGUUUACGAUGCGGCAGAUAAAGGAGAAGAUUAAGGAGAGGAUUCAGUCGUGCUACAGAGGAGAAGGAAAGCUCUCGCUGCCCUGGCUGCUCAACAAGGAGCUGGCUUGCAUCAACUCGCCGCUGCAGAUCGACGAUAACUUCUGCGGCCAGGACUUCAACCAGCCUCUCGGGGGCACGACCUCCAUCGAAGGCGUCCCGCUCUACGUGGACAAGGAUGACGGCAUGACCUCUGUGGCGGCGUACGAUUACAGAGGAAACACCGUGGCGUUCACGGGAACCCGCAGCGGCCGCAUGAAGAAGAUUCAGGUGAACUCCGUUUCCCAGCCAGCCUUGCUGUAUGAGAACGUGGUUGUGAGCGACGGGAACCCCAUCCUGAGAGACCUGCUCUUCAGCCCGGAUCAUCAGUUCCUGUAUGCCCUGACUGAUAAACAGGUGACGCGCGUCCCGGUGGAGAGUUGUGAGCAGUACGCUUCCUGCAGGGACUGCCUGGGGUCGGGAGACCCUCACUGUGGCUGGUGUGUGCUGCAUAACGUAUGCUCCAGGAGGGAUCGCUGCGAGCGAGCCGAGGAGCCCCAGCGCUUCACCACCCGGGCCGAGCAGUGCGUGCACCUCUCCGUUCACCCCGAGACCGUUUCUGUCACCAUGUCCGAAGUGCAGCUGGUGCUGCAGGCGCAGAACGCGCCCAGUCUCUCCGCCGGAGUGAACUGCUCCUUCGAGGACUACGUGGAGACGGAGGGACGCAUCUACAGCGGACGCAUCUUCUGCCUGUCGCCGGCCACCAAAGACGUGGCUCCCAUCACACGAGACCAGGGCGACCAACGUGCAAUAAGGUUGUACCUGAAAUCGAAGGAGACGGGGAAGAAGUUUGCCAGCGUGUUGUUCGUCUUCUACAACUGCAGCGUCCACCAGUCGUGCGUGUCCUGCGUCAACGCCAACUUCCCCUGCCACUGGUGCAAAUACCGCCACAUGUGCACGCAGGACGCCGGCGACUGCUCCUUCCAGGAGGGACGAGUCAACAUGUCGCAGGACUGUCCUCAGAUCCUGCCCUCCACCCAGAUCUACAUCCCCGCCGGGGUGAUGAGGCCCAUCACGCUGCUGGCCCAGAACCUGCCGCAGCCGCAGUCCGGCCAGAGGAACUACGAGUGCAUCUUCCACAUCCAGGGCAGCACGCACAGCGUCCCGGCGCUCCGGUUCAACAGCACCAGCAUACAGUGUCAGAAGACCACGUACGACUACGAGGGCGCCGACAUCAGCGACCUGCCGGUGGACCUCUCCGUGGUGUGGAACGGGAACUUUGUCAUCGAUAACCCCUUCAACAUUCAAGCCCACCUGUACAAGUGCCGGGCUCUGCGGGACAGCUGCGGGAUGUGCCUGAAGGCCGACCCCCGGUUCGAGUGCGGCUGGUGCGUCCAGGACAGGAAGUGCUCGCUGCGGCAGGAGUGCACCGGCGGAGGAAACUCCCAUCAGCCCCUGCAGCUGGCGGACGGCGGGGGAUGGAUGCACGCCACAUCUGGGAACAGCCGCUGCACCCACCCCAAGAUCACCAAGCUGUUCCCGGAGACGGGGCCCCGGCAGGGCGGCACCCGGGUCACCAUCCUGGGGGAGAACCUGGGCCUGCAGUUCAGAGACAUCCAGAAGGGCGUCCGGCUGGGGAAGGUGCCCUGUGUGGCCGUGGAGGAGGAGUACGUGAGCGCAGAGAGGAUCGUGUGUCUGCUGAACGACGCCACCGGCUACAGGGUGCAGGAGGCCCAGGUGGAGGUGUGUGUGCGGGACUGCGUCAACGACUACCGGGCGCUGUCGCCGCGGCCCUUCACCUUCGUGACGCCGUACUUCACCCGCAUCCAGCCGUCUCAGGGGCCCAUCUCGGGCGGGACCCGGGUCACCAUCGAGGGCAGCUACCUGAACGCCGGCAGCUACGUGUCCGUCAGCAUCGGCUCGCAGUCCUGCCACUUCAAAAGGAGGAACGCCCGGGAGAUCGUGUGCGUCACCCCGGCUGGACUGUCGUCCGUCAGCACCUCGGUGCUGGUGGACAUCGACGACGCUGAGCUCAGGAACCCAGAAGUCCGGUUUAACUACACGGAAGACCCCACCGUGCUGCGGAUCGAGCCCGACUGGAGCAUCGCCAGCGGAGGGACUCUGCUGACGGUGAGCGGCACCAACCUCGCCACCAUCCGAGAGCCGAAGAUCAGAGCCAAGUACGGGCAGGCGGAGUCUUUCCACAACUGCACCGUGUACAACAACUCGGUCAUGGUGUGCCUGGCUCCCUCGGUGGCCGACUCGGACCUGGGCUUCUCCGAGACCGGCACAGGCCCCGACGAGAUCGGCUUCUACAUGGACAACGUGAACGCCCUGGUGGUCGUCAACGAGAGCUUCAGCUACUACCCCGACCCCGUGUUCGAGCCGCUCAGCCCGUCCGGCGUGCUGGAGCUCAAGCCCACGUCACCGCUCAUCCUCAAGGGCCGUAACCUGAUUCCGGCGGCUCCAGGGAACAACCGGCUGAACUACACGGUCCUGAUCGGAGAGACUCCCUGCGUGCUCACGCUGUCGGAGAGCCAGCUGCUGUGUGAGUGGCCCAACCUCACCGGACAGCACAAAGUCACGAUCCGUGCUGGUGGGUUCGAGUACUCUCCAGGGACUCUGCAUAUCUACGCCGACAGCCUCCUAACACUUCCUGCCAUCAUCGGGAUCGGAGGGGGUGGUGGGCUGCUCCUGCUGGUCAUCAUCGCCGUGCUGAUAGCCUAUAAGAGGAAGUCCAGGGACGCAGAUCGCACCCUGAAACGUCUCCAACUCCAAAUGGACAACCUGGAGUCCAGAGUGGCCCUGGAGUGUAAAGAAGCCUUCGCCGAGCUUCAGACGGACAUCCACGAACUGACCCAGGAACUAGACGGAGCCGGGAUUCCCUUCCUGGACUAUCGCACGUACGCGAUGAGGGUGCUGUUCCCGGGGAUCGAAGACCACCCGGUGCUCAAGGAGAUGGAGGUACGGGUCCAGGCGAACGUGGAGAAGGCCCUCACGCUGUUUGGCCAGCUGCUGACCAAGAAACACUUCUUGUUGACAUUCAUCCGAACCCUGGAGGCGCAGAGGUCCUUUUCGAUGCGGGAUCGAGGAAACGUGGCGUCUCUGAUCAUGACGGCCCUGCAGGGGGAGAUGGAGUACGCUACCGGCGUCCUGAAGCAGCUGCUGUCCGACCUGAUAGACCGAAACCUGGAGAGCAAAAACCACCCCAAGCUGCUGCUGAGGAGGACGGAGUCUGUUGCCGAGAAGAUGCUGACCAACUGGUUCACGUUCCUCCUGAAUAAGUUUCUCAAGGAGUGCGCCGGCGAGCCUCUGUUCAUGCUCUACUGUGCCAUGAAGCAGCAGAUGGAGAAGGGACCCAUCGACGCCAUCACCGGAGAGGCCCGUUACUCGCUCAGCGAAGACAAGCUCAUCCGGCAGCAGAUCGACUACAAAACACUGACGCUGCACUGCGUAAACCCCGAGAACGAGAACGCCCCCGAAGUGACGGUCAAGUGUCUGAACUGCGACACCAUCACUCAGGUGAAGGAGAAGCUGCUGGACGCCGUGUACAAGGGCAGCCCCUACUCGCAGAGGUCCAAGGCCUCCGACAUGGACCUGGAAUGGCGCCAAGGUCGGAUGGCCAGGAUCAUCCUGCAGGACGAAGACGUCACAACGAAGAUCGACAACGACUGGAAAAGACUCAACACGCUGGCUCAUUACCAGGUAACGGACGGCUCGGUCAUCGCCCUGGUGCCCAAGCAGAACUCGGCCUACAACAUCUCCAACUCCUCCACCUUCACCAAGAGCCUGAGCAGAUACGAGAGCAUGCUGAGGACGGCCAGCAGCCCAGACAGCCUCCGGUCCCGGACGCCCAUGAUCACGCCCGACCUGGAGAGCGGGACCAAGCUGUGGCAUCUGGUGAAGAACCACGACCACUCGGACCAGAGGGAAGGAGACCGAGGAAGCAAGAUGGUGUCUGAGAUCUACCUGACCAGGCUGCUGGCCACAAAGGGCACGUUGCAGAAGUUUGUGGACGACCUGUUCGAGACCAUCUUCAGCACGGCUCACCGGGGCAGCGCGCUGCCGCUCGCGAUCAAGUACAUGUUCGACUUCCUGGACGAGCAGGCCGACAAACACUCCAUCACGGACUACGACGUGCGGCACACCUGGAAGAGCAACUGCCUUCCUCUGCGGUUCUGGGUGAACGUGAUCAAGAACCCCCAGUUCGUGUUCGACAUCCACAAGAACAGCAUCACGGACGCCUGCCUGUCCGUGGUGGCCCAGACCUUCAUGGACUCCUGCUCCACGUCCGAGCACAAGCUGGGCAAAGACUCGCCUUCCAAUAAGCUCCUCUACGCCAAGGACAUCCCCAACUACAAGAACUGGGUAGAGAGGUACUACUCGGAUAUCUCCAGGAUGCCAGCCAUCAGCGACCAGGACAUGAGUGCCUACCUAGCAGAGCAGUCCCGCCUGCACCUCAACCAGUUCAACAGCAUGUCUGCACUGCACGAGAUCUACACCUACAUCAUCAAGUACAAAGACGAGAUCCUGUCGGCGCUACAGAAGGACGAGCAGUCGCGCAGACAGCGGCUACGCGGCAAGCUAGAGCAGGUCAUCGACACCAUGGCCCUGGCUAGCUGAGGACCGGCCCAUCCCGCGCCCCGACUCGUGCAGAACUGGCUAACCAACACGCCUUCCCUGACAACCUUUGAUGCCCUGUGACAUUUUGACCCUCGACAUUUAAAGUCUGUUGUUAUCACACUUGCAAACUGCAACCUAACAGGAGUGGAAAAAGACUGCAAGGACAGGACGACGAUGACGGCAGCAGCAGCAGCAGCAGCAGCAGCACACUGGAGAGAGAGCAACCCAGGGCCUUUCAGCCUCUUCUUUUUCUCAUUUCCAUCUUUUCCUCCUCUGAGCCACUGAUCCAAAUCGACUGCGUCCCUCACCCCCCAGCUUCGUGACUGAAAGCAUGCCUAGCUGGAGUUAAAACAGUGCAGGAGAGGUACAAACCGCUGAGGAGGCUUCGGACUGUGGGCCUUGAUAGUGGGUGGGGUCAGAGGUCAGGGAGGGCUGCAGAUCAGCAGUCACAGACCUGGUGGAGAUCCAGUUUUGGCCGAGAGAGACGCUUCAGCAGGGCGGCUGCAGGGUGAACCGUGGACGGACUGGUUGCCCGCGGCGACCCUCCAGCCCUCCAUCACAGGGAACUGGAUCCGUCAUUGCAUUUGGGUUCUGCCCCCUCCACCUGCCUCCUCUCCCCAGUGCUGUGCCACUUGUGUUACUGCUGAAUUUGCACAACAAAGCUAAAUCAAAAGAAAGAGGAUAUAUGAAUAUAUAUAUAUAUAUAUAUAGAUAUAGAUAUAUAAAUACAACCCUUUGUUUUUAAAACAAAUGAAAAGUUGAAAAAAGUUUUCCAGAUCCAUGUACAAAAGCUAUGUUUCAGACGUUUUGAUAUUUCCUAGAAGAAAAAUUAUGAAAACACAAGGAAAAAGUUGUCUUGUGCCAUGUUUUACUUUGAAUGUCGUUUAGUGCAAAGAAACUUCUUUUUGUUAGAUGAAAUGUGCUAUUAUGAAAAUGUUGUCAUGCCUAGUGACUGAGAGUUUAAAAAUAGGUAAAUGGCUUAAAAGAAAACAACACCACACACACAUAUAAAUAUAUAUAUAUAUCUAUAUAUAUAUAAAAAACAGACACUUUCUAUGUUACAUGAGGUCUCGGGGCUAUUGUGUGCUACAUUUUUGGCUCGAGAGAGAGACACUAAAAUGAAAUGUCUGGAAGCCGCCUAUGAGCCUACAGUGCUUUUGUGUUUGUUUUAGAGAAACCAAAUACAUCACGGUCGGCUGAUUUAGAUAAGACAACAGUCAUUUGUGUGGAAGUCUGCCUCGUGCUGUGGUAGCAGCCACCGGGGCAUUAGACAGUCAUUUAAGCAUUUCCCUGGCACACUGUAGUGCUUUACGGCUUUUUGAUCGUGUUUUCUAGACCUCCCCUCUCAUCUGAAACCAUUUAUUUGGAGGUGCAGCCUCCAAAAAGGAAGUCUAGUUUUGUUGUGCAGAAGAAAGUGAAGCAGUAUUGUCGCUUUUUGGUUUCCAAGUCCGGAGUAACGAAAGCUUAAAGGGCCCAUUUUUGAAAUGUGAAUGUGGUUUCUGAAAAAGAUAAUGAAAUGUAGCUUGACAUACGUGAGUGUUUUUUUGUACAAGUUUAAAUCCUUUCUCUUUUUCUGUUUUGUGGUCUUAUUGGGGUAAAAAAAAAAAAGAAAAUCCAAAUGUUUUCCUAAUGGAGUUUGCUGCACCACAUUUACGUUGAUUAAAUCCAGUAUUAUACACUCAUUAAAGCCACUCUAUGUAGUAAAACCACUUGAGAAAACAUGCGGCCACUGCCGAUCUUUGUGCCCCCGUGUGGUCGGAAGUGGUACUGCUGCUUGGAGUGCCUUUAACAUCCUGUUUUGCAACACUUGCACAUCGCUUCUUGGAGGGCUGGAAAAUGGAGACGUAAGAUUGAAACUUUAAAAAACAAGGGGACAAUAUUAGAAGGCUAUUCAUCUUGUAAACACUUGUGGAAAGAAACUGAACAAUAGACCAGAUAAAUGAAUCACAGAGAGAGAUGGCUCCGCUACAUUUCAAAUGACAGAUUCAAAUGCACACCUUUUGGAGCAGUAUUGCUUUAAAGGAAAUGUUACUAAUACCUCAUAAAACAUGUAGUUUUCUUCCGCUUCCAUCAGUGCUUCCCUCAAACUUGCUCCCCACCGUUGAGGGUAGAGACCUCUGGAGUCCUCAGUCCAUUUCUUGAGACUUCUCUAAACUUGAACUUAAGGGCGUCUCUCCAGUCGUGUGGGAUCCUUUAAGUUGGUGAGAAAUCAAAAUGAAAAGCGUGCAUUUAGUUACUCCUGCAUUCUGCAAGUUUCUAUAUGCAGCAGUUUCAAAAUUGUUCAUAUAAUACUUGCAGACAGGUGAUUUAAAUCUACAUAGAUUAUUCCCCUCCCUUUUCAGUGUAGGUGCACUUCCAUCCGAAGUGACAAAAUUAGACUGGGUUUGUUCCAGCAGAAGCUAAGCAGCCAACAGACUAGGAAGUGUUACCGACACCUUAAAGCACACCAGGAGCUGACUGACAGUCAUAUCCCAUGUGAUAAUUGUUCAGUCACAGCCAUUUUAAAACAUGAAACAUUAACAGUGUGUAUCACACUUGAGGCGGAUCCUGAGUUUCAACAUGGUCACUUUGGUUGUUUUUGUUCAGCAUGCUUGAUGAAGGAUCGGGACGUGUUUUCGUUCUAAAGUAAUAACCUCUAGAAUCUGAGGUACUGGCGUGUGAAAGCCACUCGAUAGCUGUUAGCUACUGCAGAUUAUACUCAUUUAAAGGUUUUUACUAUCAUUUCCUCUCACAUAUUAGUGAGGCAUAAUCUUUAAUGCAGCAUUCGCACAACAAUUCAGUCUCAAUAGGAAUCUGAUUUGGUCUGAUUUGACCGACGUAUCUACACGUUCACUUCUGAAACUACGCAUGUACUCCGGAUGCCAUUCAACAUGCGUCGUUUGCAUCAAGUACACAUCUUUUUGACCACAGAUCGACCACAGAUUGACAAAGGUACACCACUCCCAACCUGGUCAACUUUCAUGUUCUUUAACUACGUACUUCGGACUUAUCUUUAUACACUAUAUCCCUAGGGAGACACUCGUUUCCCCACCAAUGAGUGCUAGACAUGUACCCACGUCUACUGAUGACACCAAUCAAACACUUGGCCCGUAGCUGCAGUUCACUUUCACCCACGUUUGGCUUCGGUUUACACCAUUGACUCGGGGUGAGUGUGGCCGCCUAAACUUGACCACAGGCGCCCCAGACAUGUCCUAAUUCUCCGUUUUCUUUGGUCUACACCUAUUCCAGGUAACACUCUGGAAUAUGAAACAUAUCUGGCUCAUACAACACAAGCCAAAACACGCAUUUGGCCGAGUUUAUGGGUUUUGGGACAUGUCUGGCAAACAUAGCUGCCAGAAGCUCAGAUUGGGCCUGAAUUGGGCCUGUACUCGCAUCUACUGCACAUAUAAUAUACUUUCCAGUCGUCAUCAUUUCAGCAAACCAUUUCAAAAGUGAUUAACGGCAUAACCAGAAGCUAGUUACCUGACCACUGUUACUGAUUCCACUGUAGUGGCCCUUUGCAUCAUGGGAAACGGUUUGCAAGGUAGAUUGUCCAAUUGCACAUUGGCCAUUUUUCUGGAAGUUGUACCUCGUCUGGGUAUUGUUACCAUUGGUUGUAUACUGAGGAGGACAUUUUGACAGAUUGAGGGCGAACUAGUUGUAUAGUAUACGGGUUCAGAAACGGCCCAAAUGUUUUUAUCCCACAGCAAAAAUGUGUGUCCAGACGUCAUGAAAUGUUCUGUAUGUGCUUCUAUACUUGAACCACCGAUGUAGACAGGGUAAAAAAAACAUACAGAACGAGAUGACCAAAGCUUUUUCACCCACAUCAGGAGAACCACUCAGUGAGAGGAAAUGAUGGACGAACAUCUGCCUUUUCAGUUCUUCCAAGGAAAACAAAAAGAUCUGUCAUUCACAUUCUCCCGUACUGAAGUUCUGUGAUGUUUGUGUCUGUGUGGUGAAACUUAGACAUUGCUUCUUCCAUGUACAGGCGCUCACGAGAGCGUGCUCCAGCCAGUCUACGUGAAUGGCUGGGGCCGCUGAGGAUGUGGACUAAUGCAUCGAUGUUGGACCUGUGUUCACUUGUUCUUUUGAUGAAUGUGUAAAGAUUACUUUGAUAUUGAAAGAGUAUUGAGGCUCACCCCUCCGUUCACUUUGUGAGGACUAAAGAAAAAUACUGAGCAAGAUGUCAGGUUGGGGCCGACUUGGUCUUCAGUGCUCUUGCUUGUUAGCCGUGCUUCUCGUUUUCUGCUUCACGUGAAAAAUGUGGGAAUUGGGAUUAAGAGUUGUUUCUUGGUACUUAGUUUCAUUUUAUCUGAGGGGGUUAUUUUAAUGACGACAUACAGCAAAUCCUCAGUGUGCCUCUUACGAUGUAGGAAUCUUUUUUUCUGUAUACGUAGAGAUUCAAAUCAAGAAAAUGAACUAUUUGGCAAAAUGUUGUCUUUAAAAACGAAAAAGCCCAUAUACAGCACACGUCUGGAGUAAGUAAAGUGAUUCUAUCCCAUCAUUUACAUAACAAACCAGUGAAAUAGUCACAUUUAUUUGAUACAUGCUCUUCAACGUACCUUUUCCUGUUUCAUGCACACGUCUGUAUUUGGUCCUCAUGAGCAAGGUUUGUCAAUUUUAAAUACUUUGAGUUUGAACUUUUUUGCUUUUCCUCAUUAGUUUUUGGGUUUUGGCGCUGGACAAGUACUUGGGUGGCAAACAUCACAGGUUGGCUCUAAAAGCCUUUAUUUGUGUCUGCGUUGUGCUACAGGGCUCAGUCCUCUCAAAUCAUGUCCAGUCUUCAGAGAUAUCAAAGAUAAAACAUGUGGUGCAGGUAAUAAGGAAUUGUAAAGGACAUGCUUGGUAUCAAUUAAAAAAACAUAAUGAACUGGAAUCUUCUGGGAUAAAUAACCUGACAUCACUUGAUGGUAUUUAAUGUUCAGCAGACGCUGAAGCCAGCUAAGCUAAUUAUGUCCAAGUUCUGUUACUUUAAAAUGAAUCUUAUGUCUGUAGGUAUUAAACAUAUUUUUGCCCACAUCCCAAGACUGAACAUCGUAGGGGCACUUACCGUAUUUGAGAAGAUUUAGAGACAUGAUCCACAUCCUUCCCUAAGAUCUGCCCAUCACAUCUGAAGCUAAUUUAAUUUUAGCACUGAUACAACAGAAAAGGCUGGAAAAAGAUUGGGUUAGCAUGUUCCCAUAACCAACACUUUGUGUCAUUUGUUUCACUAGCGGGCAGAGGACUUAUUUUAGAUCCACCGUUCCUCCUCAGCUUUUAAGCUAAGAUAACAGGCUGCUAAAUUUCACACGAAUGUUAAAAAUCACAGUUCCUAAAACGGUCAUUUUAUGCUUGGCUCCAGAAGCUAGUCAGUUGGCGUGUUUCCACCAGCAGGAGUUCAGGGUAAACCCGCCGGACAGGGACCCCUAACAGGGUCUACAUCGGCCCCUCAGCCGGCAUGUCGCCGCGCUGUAGCGCCGCGCUGUAGCGCCGCGCUGUAGCGCCGCGCUGUAGCGCCGCGCUGUAGCGCCGCGCUGUAGCGUCACCAAGAACCUUUGACUGGGAAAAUAGCAUGGCCGACCACGAGGUGUCGGUAAUGCAUAUUUUUUGCUGUCUGCAAACAGCCAGCAGCACUCUAGGAGACGAAGAAGAAGAAGAAAUACGUAAACAAGGGGUAUUACUUGUCUUUUUUGUUUUGUUUUAUAACAUAUACCACAGUCCCAGUGAUUGAGAUUUAAAGAGUACCUCUCCUACCACAGGGAUGUUUUUCCCCCGGUAAAAGGUUCUUGAAGGCCACUUUAGCAGGAACACUCCUGGUAUCUGAGACAUGCACCAACAAUCUCCCUUACUAGCUUAAAAAUCUACUGGAACUCCCGCUAGUGGAAAUGCGCCUUGUAUGCCGUUUUGAAUAUGGAUACACUUUGGUGUAUCAUUGUUGUUUAAAUAGUUUAAAAGGCUUUGAGCUGUGCAGAGAUAACAGAGAUGCUGCUGCUUCAAGUGACUGCUGAGGAUAUUCUUGUCACAAAGGUCUCAGUUGGGUCUGUCACUUUUAAAGGCCCAGGAUGCAGCAGUAGUUGCUAAGUGAUGGCUCAGUCGCCAGCGGGGCCCUGUGGUGAUUAUUCCAGUCUUUAUUCAGCUGUGGCGCUGUCUGUUUUAAUCCUUUAAAACAAUUCAUCAGUUUCAGAACUGACACUAAUUAUUGUACACUUUGAAAGCCAACUUUAACAAUAUUAUACGUAUUUUCCGAACGGGCUGAACCUUCCAGUACAACAACUCCUCGACACCAUCGGUAAUCCUCACUUUUUAAUCCCUGCAGUUCCAGCUCUCCAACUUCCUCCCCAACUCAGUUCACUUUGAUUAAAGUACAUUUCAGAGACAGAGCAGAGGAUGUAAAACACCUUUUCUCAGAGAUAAAAGAGAAGAGCGGUAAAAAGGAAAGAAGUACUUUGGAGUUUUAAUACUUUCUGAAUUAUGAUACCUUUUUAAGAGUUUCAGAUUUGAAGCUGUGACAGGUUUUGGCUGUUUCACGCCUGUGUAAAUAUCCUGCUCUUUCCUAUUUUGCAGAUUUAUUACAUGUAAAUAGACACGCAUCAAG